AUGGCCGCCUCCGCGAUGUCCGCCCGCGCGCACGUCGCCCCCGCCGCGUCCUCGCUGAACGCCGCCCGCCGCGGCCGCGCGUCCUCGACCGCGCCGGCGCGCCGCGCGCGCCGCGUCUCGACGACGCCGCGAGCGUCGAUCGCCGAUCUCCCGAAAGAUAACGCGAGCGUCAAGGUCCUCGUCGUCGGCGGCACGGGAUACAUCGGCAAGUUCGUCGUCCGCGAGCUGUGCGCGCAGGGCUACGACGUCACCGCGUUCGUGCGCGAGAAGUCCGGGAUCGGCGGCAAGUCUGGGAAGGAGGACGCGCGGCGCACGUUCCCGGACGCGACCGUGAAGUUUGGCUCCGUGAGCGACGUCGCGUCCAUCCGCGGCGACGCCUUCGGCGACGCCGACGGCGCGUUCGACGUCGUCGUCUCCUGCCUCGCGUCGCGCACGGGCGGGAUCAAAGACUCGUGGGACGUGGACUACCAGGCGACGAAGAACGUCCUGGACGUCGCGCGCGAGAAGGGCGCGAAGCACUUCGUGCUCCUCUCCGCCAUCUGCGUCCAGAAGCCGUUGCUGACGUUCCAAAAGGCGCGUUCGUAUUCACACCGGUCCCCGUACGACCGCGUCGGCGUGGUGAACGCCGCCAAGCUCAAGUUCGAGGAAGAGCUCGCGGCGGCGUCCUCGGAGAUCUCGCACUCGAUCGUGCGCCCGACCGCGUUCUUCAAGUCGCUCGCGGGGCAGGUGGAGUCCGUGCAGAAGGGCGGGCCGUACGUCAUGUUCGGCGACGGACAGCUGGCGUCGUGCAAGCCCAUCUCGGAACGCGACCUCGCGAAGUACAUGGCGGAGUGCAUCCGCGACCCGAAGCUCGAGAACAAGAUCUUGCCCAUCGGCGGUCCCGGCGAGGCGAUGAGCGCGCUGCAGCAGGGCACGAUGCUCUUCGAGAUCUUAGGCAUGGAGCCCAAGUUUAUCAAGGUCCCGAUCGAGGUCAUGGACGGCGUGAUCAAGGUCCUGGAUACCUUCGCGGGGUUCUUCUCCAACAUGCGAGACGCCGCGGAGUUUGGCAAGAUCGGACGGUACUACGCCGCGGAGUCCAUGCUCGUGUUGGACGACGAGAAGAGCGACGCGGAGAAGGACGAGUGGGUGUACGACGCGUCGAAGACGCCGUCGUACGGCACGGACACGUUGGGGGACUUUUUCAAGAAGGUGAGCGUGGAGGGACUCGCGGGGCAGGAGCUCGGCGAUCAGGCGGUGUUCAAGUGA